AAUGAACAAAAUGAAAUCGUGAAGUCGAUUUAUUUUCAUUAAAUUGAAUUAAGACUAAAUAAAAAUUGUUAUUGAACUACAAACUGCGUGGACAAUUACAACAAAUAAUAAGGGCCACUAUUUGAAAACAAAUCGAAAUAUUGCAUUAUGUCGGACUCGGUCCAAAUAAAAGAAGAACCUCAUUCGGACGAUGACAACACAGCCGAGUCAGCAGAUUUUGGCGAGAAAGUAAUUAAAUGCGAGCCGCUAGAGAUUGAGAUUACCCCUGAUGUGCCGGACGAUGUAGACGAUCCACUGGGCACAGAUCCUGACACAUGCCACCAAGGAUCAACAUCCGCAACCGCAACCAACGAAGAACAGGAAAGAAGCUGGAACAUAGAAAUAUCCUCAGCGAAACUAUAUUCUUGCACCAUUUGCAAAAAAACCUUCGAUAUUCUAGAUCAUUUAAUAGCACACAGGCGAGCUGAACAUGUGACAGAUGUGAAAGAAAAAUCAGUCUCCUGUGACUGGUGUGAUAAGAAGUUCAGAAGAAAUUGUGAAUUAAACAAACACAUACGUGUUCACACUAGAGAGAGACGCUUUGGCUGCGACUUGUGCGAAAAAAGAUUUAUUCGUAAAGAAGAAUUACAACUUCAUAGACAACUACAUUCUGGAGAGAAGCCUUUUUCAUGCGACGAAUGUGAUAAACAAUUUGCUGUCAAACAAUAUCUAACAAGGCAUAAACUAACGCAUAAACAAGAAAAUUAUCCUUGCGAUGAAUGUGGAAAAGUUUUUACUGUUAAAAAAUACUUAAACGUCCAUAAGCGUACACAUAGUGGUGAGAAACCGUUCGCGUGCGAUAUAUGUGAUAAACAGUUUACAUUGAAAGUUAAUUUAAAUAAUCAUAGAAAUAUACACACUGGCGACCGGCCGUUCUUUUGUGAAGUAUGUCAGAAACAAUUUACGCAGUUAAGUUGCUUGAUCACACAUAGAAAGAUACACACCGGGGAAAAGCCAUAUGCUUGUGAUAUAUGCGGGAAGCAGUUUGCUUUGAAGUGGCUGCUGGGUAGACAUAAAGAUGUACACGCGCAGAUUACGUAUCCUUGUGAUGUUUGUCAGAAAACUUUUACGCAAAAGCGCAGUUUGGCCGUUCAUCAAAAAUUGCGUUGUGAUAAAUCUUGAUCGACAUCCAGAGAUUGGCGUAUGGUUUAGUUUUUUUUACCACCGGCCAGUGCGCGCGGUGGCCGCACUAUACAGGUUUUCCAUGUUACAACUUAGGAAAGUUCAGGUGUUCUUUUAUAAGUUCGAAAACAAGGUAAUUUUAUAAAACAAGUUGGUCAGUAGGAAAAGGCGCGAAAUUCAAAUUUUCUAUCGGACGAUAACUCUUCGCGCCUACAUUUUUUUAUUUGCCGCUCUUUUCUACUGACGAAAAUGGCUUGACAGAGUAUAUCUCAUAAACGUAUGGAUUGCUACUAGUUUAGUAGAAUAUAUUAGCGGUUUUCAAACUUAUCCCGUUGUCGAACUUACCCCAAUGCACCUUACCUCUAAAUGUCUUUUAACUUAGAACGAAACCUGGCAACUGAAGGCUUACUUAACUCUGAGACCCAGGCAUAGACAAUCGCAGGACUCGAGGGGUUAAUGAUGCAACAGUUAAUAGAUACAGUUGGUCAAACCAAUUUGUCAGUAAAUAAGAAAAAAACAAACUAUAUUCAUCCUUUUCUUUAGGGUGCUAGUACUAGUGUAAGACAAAGAUAGUAUGAUUCUCUCUGUCUAUGUUUGAAAUGAGACAGUCCUUUGACAAACUAUAAUAGCCAGAAUUAAAAUAACAGUUUAAUGUGCCUUCCAUGCAUGAAAGCAUAGAGUAACUUAAACUAGAGCGGUACUGUCAUAGUAAAUUUUGUAACCCCAGUAAAUUCACU